GGUUAGUUCUAACUGUGAAGUCAGAAUGAACAUUGUUAGAUCUUCUUUUAUCAGUUAUUAAUUAUAUCUGUAUCAAAGUAGAUCUAAAUUAUUAGUAAAUCUCGCGUUAGGUCACUCCACUGACCUGUAUUUGUAAGCUGCCCCAACAACUGAAACGGGUCUCGGCCUUUUGGAAAAGAUGAAAUAAAAGCAGCAGUAGCAUAAGGCUCAUACUUUAUGCAAAUGUGAAUUUAUAUUUGUGAUUUUGUGCCUUCUAUCAGAAGAUGGGUUCCCUUGUUUUUGCAUUCAGAAAACUUGCUGUGAUUACUGUCAGCUUACCAUUGUUUUCUUUCCUGUUCUGUAUUUUGUGGUCACUUCUUUAUAACUUCAAGUCAUCAACUGCUACACAUUGCCAUGUGCCAAACUAUCUGCCAUCAAUAAGUUCUGCGAUAGGUGGCUUUAAACCUCAGAUGUAUGUUUGGCAAGUUGGAAUUGGCCUUCAUGCUACUCCGAGGUUUCUUAUUGUUGCUAUGUAUUGCUCAUUCUACAAAGAAGGUUUACACAAAGAAAAACUUUGGCAAAGACUUGGUAUUUUGACUUCCGUUCUUCAUGCUGUUGAGAACAUUUGCUUGAUUGGACUGACAUAUGUAUCCUCUUCUGAUAAUCAUACUGCUCAUGUGAAAUUAUUUGUUACAUUUGUGCUGAGUUCGUGCUUUUACAUGUUCCUGUCAUGUAUUUUACCACGAUAUACAUUCAGAAGAAAACUGACACUUUUGGAACAAAAAUCAUUAAAAACAAAGUUGGUCCUCACUACCAUGAAUGUGACAGCUCUUCUUGGAGCUUGCUAUUUCUUUAUGAGACACAACUGGUAUUGUGAAGCAGGAGAUGUCAUAGAGACCAUUAUUUUAAAAAAAAGUAGGGCAGGAAUCCCCAGAAAGCUACUGGCUCCAUUUGGGAGGUUGAAGUAAAAAAGAUACUUUUAUGAGAUGAAAGCACAACUGUGGUUUAAGAAGAAGUAGAGAAACAUAUAUUCUGACAAGGUAAAAAGGAAAAAUGCUUAAAAUUCUAGUCAUGCUGUGCAUUUCCUGGCUGUUCAUGGCUAACUAAACAACACAUACUUCAGACCCUGAUAUGUAACAUUCAAAAGGUUAGUAAUCUGAGGAAUGUGACAUGCUUAUAGUAGAAAAAUCUGGCUAAAAGUUUACUUCACUUAGGAGAGUUUCUAGAGUAUUUUUUGUAAGUCAGAUAAAUGUUACAUGACAUGACCUGUUACAUCAAAAUUGAGUAGAAUUCAUUUAUAAUAAGAAUAUACAGUCAUUUUACAAGCUCUAAAUGAUAGGUCAGAUGUAAAUGAUGAACCAUUGAGUUCAUAACACUCGCAAAUAAUUACUUUUUGAUGUGAUACUAUGAAGUAACAUCUGAAUGAUGGGAACUUUCUAUUGGUGUAUUUUGAAUUCUAAAAUAUUUACUACAAAGUGAAUACUAACUUAAUCUCAGAAUAACUAGAUCAUUAGAUUGUGUUUUAGUAUACCAACAACAAGUUUUUAUUAUUAAUUUAUAUCAAUAUUUUUAAUACUUUACAUUAUGCUCCUCUCUUGCUUCACUCACAGUGAAAAUAAGACCUAAUUUAGAAAUGUUUCAAAAUAUUUGAUUUAUUUGUUCCUCACAUGCCAUUUGGUGGCCAUUGUUGUUUUACAUAUUAGAUAAAUACUCAUUACAUGUUAAUUUUAACUGAACGGGUACUAAAACUAAGACAAGUACUAAAUUUUUAAAAUUUUAUGCCCCUAAGAAUUUUAUAGAUGUUUACAAUGUUCCCAAUAAAUCAUCAUUACUUUUUUAUUCAUUUAUUUUAUAUUUCAAACCUUAAUAGUGUGUAUUAUGCAGCUGAUAAUACCUUUAAGACACCAAAGUCGACGUUCGUUGAUUGAUUAAAAAAAAUCGUUUGGAAGAAGAAAAAUAUAAUAUCUUGUAGAAAUUGCACAGUUUUAGUUUAUGCCCUAUGCUUAAAACUAAAAUUAUACCAAGGCCAUUUUCGAAUGGCAAAAUACAAUGCUCAGUACUUAGUGUGUAUGUAAAUUGUUAACAAUUAUAUAUCUUCUGUAAGGUCAGAACUUAAGUACGUUGUUUUAAUACAAAGUUAAUGAGAUUUAUAACGAAAGGAGAAGAAUGUUCAGCAAUUGUUUUCAGGAAAUUUGAAAGUAUAGUUGAAAAAUGAAUUUAAGUAUUAAAAAUUGCCCGUAGUGGUUUGGCAUUCAGUCUGCAUGCUUACGACGCUACAGUUCGGGAUUUGAUAUCCGUUGUGGGCAAGGUCUAUUGUAUAGCUUUGCGCAUAACAACAACCAAAACAAUUUAUUUUUAAACUUAGUUAUUUUUCUAAAAUUAAAAAUGUUACCUGCGCGUUAACCCGAAUUACAGAGGAGAAUGAAAGGAUCCGUGUUUUCCUUGGGAAAGUAACUUUUAAUUUUAGUUUUCUGUUAUACUAUGCGCUAUUACUUAUGGUUCUGAACUAUAAUUGUACCACCAAGAAAACAAGUAUUAAAAAAAUUAGCACCUCAAAAUUAACAGUAUUGAUAGAUAACUAAGAAUUCUGGUAUAUGCGGUAGUUUUACUGGUCAUUAGUAACUUUUAAUAUUUUAAGUAGGAACAUUUCGGUCAUUAAAUAACCCUUUGUACUUUGUUUCUCGUGUUUAUUAUGACAAUUGUAUUAAACAGAAUCGUCCUCAAUCAUGGAAAUUUGUCGUAUGCCAACUGAAGCUUUAACAGAAUGCUAAAAAGAGACAUUUCUUUCCAUUAAGUACCACACAUUUUUCUAGUGUAAAACAUUCUAUAAAAAGCGACAUUUUUGUGUUUUUAUGUGAUAAUAAGAUAGUUUAUUAUUGGUAAGAUCAUUUAAUUAAGUUUUGAAUAAUUUUAAUUGUUCCUACUGUAGGAGGGCGCAUAUAUAUGUCAAAAAGCGUGUUUUGAGCAUUAAGAUAGGCAGUACUCUUCAACUGGGUAAAUACAAACUUUUGAGUACAUAUUACACUGGUUUCGCACACUGUUAUCUGUUGCACAUAGAUUGAUAUGAAUUAAUAGCUCUCCAGUAGCACAGCGGUAUGUCUGCGGACUUACAAUGCUAGAAACCGGGUUAAGCUUUAUGCUUAAAUACAAAAAGACAAACAAACAAUGAAUUCAUAAUUUCUAAUUGAGUUUGCAUUAGUUCAUUUUUGCUUUAUUUAUGAACAGAUAUUUUUCUUUUUAUAAUGCAUUCAAAACUGGAGUUUUCAUCUUUGCGUAGCACAUUGAUUUUCGCCUCAGUUUCUGAAAAAUAUAUUUGUCAUAUCGCAGUGCUCUAAUAAAAAUGAAUUGGAAAAAUCACUAAAAUUGGAUCAAUCAUGGUAUACAGAUCACAGUACUGAAAUGGCAUACGAUCCCACUAAACUUAAGAUAUAUUUUUUCAAGAAAAGGAAAACUAAACAUACAUGAAAUACCUUAGAAUAUACUGAAAUCGGCACAAAAAAAAAGUUGUGCUCUUAUUUUUUUUAACCUUUCGUUUGAUGUUAUGGUAUGGUACAUGUAAUAUUUUAAAAAUAGCUAUAUUAAUUUUUGGGGAGAACAUAUUUUUAUUCAUGUAAAUUUUGCGAAGGUGUUCUGCAUAUAAUUAAUGUUCUUGUGCAUAGCAAUCAAACGAGUAGUACCAGUUCGCUCUGACUUCUCUAAAUUACGUAACUUAAGGUUUAAACAGACUAGUAUACAAUCUCGACCAAUACAGUUUGAAGAGUAAAUAGCUUACGAUCCAGUAAAAGCGAUUGUACAGUGUCCUAAGCAAGUGUACAA